AUGCGGUUUUGGUAUUUUAGUGCGAUCCUGUGGGUAGUUUGCCAGGCAUUGCCCUCAAAGAAGCAAUACAGCGUUGCGCCUGAGCUUCUACCGGGAUUAUCAGAAAUUGAAGAUAAGUCCACAAUUCCUGAAAUGUAUGCAGGACAUAUGCCGCUUGCUCAGUCAAAUUCUGAUGAUAAAGAUGAAAUUGAUUAUUUUUUUUGGAAAUUUAGCAGACCUGAUAAAGUUUUAAAUACUUUAAUAAUUUGGUUAAAUGGAGGUCCUGGUUGUUCGUCAAUGGAUGGCGCAUUAGUGGAAAAUGGGCCCUUUAGAGUUAAUAAAGAUUUAAAAUUAGUGGUUAAUGAAGGUUCGUGGCAUACAAGAGCCGAUAUGCUCUAUGUGGAUCAACCAGUGAAUACAGGAUUUUCUGUUUCCAACAGUAAGGAGAAAAAAUAUGAUGAAGAUUUAACGUUGACUACACAACAUUUUAUGGACUUUUUAGAGAGUUAUUUCAAAGUUUUCCCCGAUGACCAGUUUAAGGAUUUGAUUAUUGCAGGCGAAAGUUAUUCAGGUCAAUACGUUCCCUUUUUGGCGGAAGCUAUUCAAAAGAGGAAUGCUGAAACUAGCGAUGAUUUGGCAAAGUACAAUUUACGUGGUAUUUUAGUUGGUAAUGGUUGGAUGGAUCCUGAUACUCAAUCAUUAGCCUAUUUACCAUUUGCACUUUCUAAGGGUCUAAUUGAUCAAAACAAUCCUCAUUUCAGUACGCUUUUGAGACAACAGGAAAAGUGUCAAGAUAGAAUUAUCAGCAGAAAUCCCAAUGAACAUCAGCCAUUUCAAUAUGAGGAGUGUGAAAAUAUUUUGCAAUCGAUCUUGACAGCUACAAGGGAUGUUUCUGCUGAUACUCCAUCCAAUCAAGUUUGUAUGAACAUUUAUUCGUACAAUCUAAGAGACAGUUAUCCUGCAUGUGGAUCAAAUUGGCCAGACGAGGUUUUGCAUGUUCCCGGAUUUUUCGAUAGACCUGGUAUCCUAGAAGCCCUUAAUCUGGAUCCUUCGAAAGUUCCACAGUGGAAAGAAUGUAAUUUAGAAGUCUACUACCAUUUGAAAAAUAGGAAAGCAGUUCCUUCUGUCCGUAAAUUGCCAGCUCUAUUAGAUUCGGGACUCAAAGUUAUUCUUUACAAUGGUGAAAUGGAUUUACUCUGUAAUGAAAGGGGUGUUCUUGACAUGAUUGACAAACUUCAGUGGGGUGGUGCUAAGGGCUUCUCCAGUAAGACUAAAGAAUACGAUUGGAACUAUAGAGAUUUUGAGACUAAUACAGAUCAUAUUGCGGGCAAUGUUCUUCACGAUAGAAAUUUGACCUAUAUCAGUGUCCACAAUGCAUCACAUAUGGUCCCUAACGAUAAAUCUUUAUACAGUAGAGGUGUGGUGGAUAUUUACUUAGAUGACAUUUUCUUAGAAGAAUUACAUGGUAAGGACGUUUUGGUAACAACGAGUGAAAAGGAUAUGGACGAUUUUGAUAAUAGCAAAUUAGGUGUCUUAGGCAUUACUGACGGUAAACCCAGCGAAGAAGAAGAAUUGGAAGAAGAAUUCGAUCAAUACGUAGAUGAAUUAGAAGAGGGAGAGUCUGAAUCUGGUUUAUUGGAUGAUGAUAAGGAAGAUGAAACUGUGGGGGCAACUGAUCAAAAUGACGACAAGAACAAAGGUGGUGAAGAUAAACCAAAUGAAAACCCAGAUAAAGAAAAGGAGGAACAAGAUCGACAAAGAAAAAGACGUAAAGGUACUUUUAAAAUCUUCGGUAUCACUAUCCUCGUUGUGCUUACAUUGGGCUCUUUCGUUUUCUACAUUUACAUCAGGAAGCAUACUAACAAGACUCGCGCAAUUCUUAUCGAUCCAAGUCGUAGACAACACGAUUCUCAAAAUAAAAGAGUCUCCUGGGCAGAUGAUUUGGAACACGGUUACGAUUUUGAAACUGAUCAAAGCCAACCUAGAAGUGGACAAUCUGCACCAAAAAAGAACGGAUCAUACACAAGAGUACCCAAUACAGAAUUGGACGAGUCCUUUGAACUCGAAAAUUUGUAG